AUGCUGUGGGCUAUGGUGUCGCGGUUCAUGGAGAAUCCUCAAGACGAUCACUGGAUUGCAGUCAAGCGCAUAUUUCGCUAUCUACAAGGCACUAAGACGCAUGGAAUAUGCUACAAGCCUGGUGACAAGAUCGACUUUCGUGGAUAUUCGGAUGCAGAAUGGGCUGGCGACAUCGCUGACCGCAAGCCAACUUCCGGAUACACGUUCAUGCUAUUGGGUGCGCCAGUGAGCUGGGGAAGCAAGAAACAACCAAGUGUUUCGCUGUCAACGAGUGAAGCAAAACACAUUGCGCUCAGUUUGGCAAUCCAAGAAGGCAAGUGGAUUCAUCGUUUGCUGUAUGACGAUAAUCCUGUCAACCAUGGCCGUGCCAAGCACAUCGACAUCAAGUACCAUCACAUCCGUGAUGAGGUCAAGCGCGGCCAAGUCAAGCUCAAGUACUGUGAGACUACGGUGAUGUUAGCAGACAUCAUGACCAAGGCACUUCACGGACCGCGUCACAAGGAGCUGACAGAGGCGCUUGGCAUCCGCACGUGUUCGCAUUGA